CAACACAGUGCGGAUAUAGUGCCAAGGGAAAGUCUGAUAAAUUAUUCAUGUCCAACUGCAUCGGAGUGUUUUGCCAGCUAACCACGGACCCGCUGUGUGAGGAUGGGAGGACAGAGUUGUGUGAUCUGUCAGAAGGACGCGAGUAAGCGAUGUGGAGGAUGUUGUCAGGUCUACUACUGCAACAAGGAACACCAGAAACUGGACUGGGCUAAACACAAACAUACAUGCAAACCUUUCAAGGUUUGUGAGGACCCAGUGCUGGGACGACACCUAGUAGCUACUCGGGACAUUACCGCUGGGGAGGUCAUCCUCAAGGAGCCUCCACUACUGCAAGGACCAAGUCAGGUGACAGGUCCCGUGUGUCUGAGUUGUCUACAGGCUGUGUCACAACACAACUCUGAGCCCUGCUCACAGUGUGGCUGGCCGUUGUGUCUCAAACCGAAAUGCAGAGAGUCCAAACAACACCUGCCCGAGUGUCGGUGGACCAUGGACAAGAGAAAGAAUCCAGUAAAGAUCUCACAGUUCAUAACUCCACACCCGAGCUACGAGUGUAUCACGACCUUGCGACUGUGCUACGCCAAGCGACACAGCCCUGGACUGUGGGGCAGACUGUGCAAGCUGCAGUCGCACACGGAGGAGCGACGAGGCACACACAAGUACAAGGAAGACACCAGGACCGUCGCUCAGUUCCUCCGCAGGUUCUACAAGCUGGAGGACGAGUUUAGUGACGAGGACAUCAUGGAUAUCUGGGGAAUCAUACAAGUCAACGGCCACGAAGUACCUCUCACCCAGCCAGCCCACGUCGCUGUCUACGACCUCUCCUCCAUGUUAGAGCACAGCUGUCACCCCAACUGUGCCAAGAGUUUCGCCAGUGAUGCUAGCCUCGUCCUCCGCGCCGUGGUCAAGGUGUCCGCCGGGCAACAUCUCUCCAUCUGCUACACAGACUGUCUUUGGGGCACGGUGAACCGACAGUACCACCUGCGGGACACAAAGUUCUUUACCUGUCAGUGCCCGAGGUGUCUCGACCCGACCGAGAUGGGCACUUACUUUAGCGCCAUUCUGUGCGAAAAAAGUGACUGCUCGGGUACUAUGCUACCAGCCAGUCUGUGUUCCUUGGUGGAGGCUACUCCUUGGACCUGCGACUCGUGCGGUCAUGUCGUAUACGACUCCCAGGUCGAGGCUACACUACAACAGGCUGGCCAGGAACUUGCCACUCUGCAGUCCAAGAACCUCACAGAGUCGACCAAGUUCCUGGAGAAAUGGAGGUCCAAGUUUCACCAGAACCACUUCUACCUGACCGAGGUGAGGCUGGCGAUCGCUGAGAGGAUGGGUCAAGAGUCCCCGCAGGGUAUACGAGGUUUGUCUCCAGAAUGCCUCCAGUACAAGGUCAACCUUACCAGGGACUUGCUGGAGCUGCUGUCUCUCAUAGCACCAGGCGAGACCAGAGUGUUGGGGAUGCUCAAUUUCGGCCUCCACGCAUGUUUAGCUGAGCGUGCUCGUCGCGACCACCUUCAAGGCCACGACCAGUUCUACUCGGCUCUCAUGGAAUCUCUCGAGUGUCUGGACAAGACGAUAUUUUUCUUAGCGGUGGAGCCAGAGGUUUUGCCUGAAGGGAAAUUGUUGCUGCAGGCAAAACAGAAUAAAGCAGAACUACUAAAUACGCUACAAAACAUCCAAAUGUGCGCUAGUAUGGCAUCUCCCAUGUGACAGUAAACUAUGAAACAAACUGGCAAACAUCAAAUUAGGCAUUGUUUACCAGUUGCUCUGUUUCCAUAUGCAGGGUAAACUGUGGAAUAUUCACCAAUCUUUGACCAUCACUCGAAAACAAACUGCAGAUCACCUAGCUGUACGACAUGGGCCACUCAUUCUGUGACAAUCACUCAAGAACAAACUGCAGGUCAUCCAGCUGUACGACAUAUGCCACUCAUUAUGUGACAAUCACUCGAGAACAAUCUGCAGAUCACCCAGCUGUACGACAUGGGCCACUCAUUAUGUGACAAUCACUCGAGAACAAACUGCAGGUCAUCCAGCUGUACGACAUAUGCCACUCAUUCUGUGACAAUCACUCAAGAACAAACUGCAGGUCAUCCAGCUGUACGACAUGGGCCACUCAUUCUGUGACAAUCACUCGAGAACAAACUGCAGAUCAUCCAGCUGUACGACAUGGGCCACUCAUUAUGUGACAAUCACUCGAGAACAAACUGCAGGUCAUCCAGCUGUACGACAUGGGCCACUCAUUAUGUGACAAUCACUCGAGAACAAACUGCAGGUCAUCCAGCUGUACGACAUGGGCCACUCAUUAUGUGACAAUCACUCGAGAACAAACUGCAGAUCACCCAGCUGUAUGACAUAUGCCACUCAUUCUGUGACAAUCACUCAUGAACAAACUGCAGGUCAUCCAGCUGUACGACAUGGGCCACUCAUUAUGUGACAAUCACUCGAGAACAAACUGCAGAUCACCUAGCUGUACGACAUAUGCCACUCAUUCUGUGACAAUCACUCAAGAACAAACUGCAGGUCAUCCAGCUGUACGACAUGGGCCACUCAUUCUGUGACAAUCACUCGAGAACAAACUGCAGGUCAUCCAGCUGUACGACAUGGGCCACUCAUUAUGUGACAAUCACUCGAGAACAAACUGCAGAUCACCCAGCUGUACGACAUAUGCCACUCAUUAUGUGACAAUCACUCGAGAACAAUCUGCAGAUCACCCAGCUGUACGACAUGCCACUCAUUAUGUGACAAUCAUUCGAGAACAAACUGCAGAUCACCCAGCUGUACGACAUGGGCCACUCAUUAUGUGACAAUCACUCGAGAACAAACUGCAGAUCACCCAGCUGUACGACAUGGGCCACUCAUUAUGUGACAAUCACUCGAGAACAAACUGCAGAUCAUCCAGCUGUACGACGUGGGCCACUCAUUAUCUGACAAUCACUCGAGAUCAAUCUGCAGAUCACCCAGCUGUACGACAUGCCACUCAUUAUGUGACAAUCAUUCGAGAACAAACUGCAGAUCACCCAGCUGUACGACAUGGGCCACUCACUAUGUCACAAUAACUAGAGAACAAACUGCAGAUCGCCCAGAUGUUAGAUCAUCUUCUGUAGUUGUUAACAGCUUUUAAAGAGCACUUAUUUCCUUUAACAGAUUUUCCGUCUGUGAAAAAUUUUAAUUUUUUGUCAUCAAUUUAAGGCAAACUAUAGAUACCAGUAUUCCUUUUUAGUGUAGACGGUAAGAUAUUUUUUUUUAAGUGUAUGUUUUUU